AUGACGGCUGCAAUAAUUACGAUACCUACAAUAGAACCAACGACAACGCCCGCAAUCCAAGCUUUGCUGGAACUUGUUGUUGGGACCGCAUUCUGCAACUGGAUAUUUGUCGCGCGGAAGUCUUCACGCAAUCUUCAGGUUAUUGUGGACACUGUCAUUAAAACAUUGAAGAACAUUGCCAAAGAAAACGCCGUGGGCAUCGAAGGGAUUACCUUGGAAAUGCUCUCAGACGUCGUCAACGUGACGGGGCCUAAGAUUAUGGCGAUCGCGCUCAUGGAUAGUCUCGAACAAUUGCUCGAUAGGCCCGUCGAUGAUCGUGAUUACGCACUCACUAAGCGGCCUAAGUUAGUCGGUGAAGUCUUGGUCAUGCCUGGCGUCUCUUUCGCUGCUCUUCAAAACGGAAACCCGACGGAUCAAGGCGAUGUUCUUGUGACGCAUCAUUACGAGGGCUCGUGGAAGAAGGAAGAUGCGGAAGCCAAAGAGCAUAAAAAGCUGAAGCAAGAACAAGACCAACGUCAACAGGAAGAGGCAACGAAAGAGGCAACAUCGCUACCACCACCACCACCACCACCACCUGCUUCUGCUUCUGCUGAUGCUGCCGUUGCGACUUGA